AUGUCUGACCGAGAAUGCUACUGGGACGAAGACGGAGUGCCCCUUGCGCUGAACAAAACCUACCAGUGUCUGGAAGAGUUGCUGAAGUCUCUCAUUUUCCAAGGCACCGAGGUGCAGAACGACGGAUCUAAACUCAUCAGGAUCCUGAUCUCCAUCGUAUACACCGUGGUGUGCGCCUUGGGUCUGGUGGGCAACCUGCUGGUCCUCUAUCUCCUGCAGGCCAACAAGAAGAAGUCCACCAUGACCAUCUUGGUCAUGGGCUUGGCCGUGACCGACAUCCAGUUCGUGUUGACGCUGCCUUUCUGGGCGGUGGACACGGCCAUGGACUUCAGUUGGCCCUUCGGCAGAGUCAUGUGUAAGGUGGUGAGUUCGGUGACCGUGAUGAGCAUGUACGCCAGCGUCUUCUUCCUGGCCGUCAUGAGCAUCACCCGCUACAGCUCGGUGUCGCAGUCUCUGAAGAUGAAGAAGCGCUCCUCGCCACACUGGGACUGGUUGACUUGCAUCUCCAUCUGGGCGGUGGCGAGCGUGGCCACCCUCCCCCAGGCCACUUACUCCACCACCAUCGUACUCCCCAGCGAAGAACUCUGCAUCACCAAGUUCCCGGAACUCCACAACAACCCGCAGUUUUGGUUCGGGCUCUACCAGGCACUCAAAGUGUUGGUCGGAUUCAUCCUGCCCCUGGUCGUCAUCUCCGCAUCUUAUCUCCUGCUGCUCCGCUUCAUCAACAGCCAAGAAAUGAGCGGCAACAACCCAAAGAGAACCUCCAGGGUCACCAAAUCCGUCACCAUCUUGGUGCUAACUUUCUUCAUUAGUUGGUUGCCCAACCAAGCCAUCACGCUCUGGAGUGCCUUCAUCAAGUUGAAUGUGGUCCACUUCAGCGUGGCCUUUUACAACACCCAGGCCUACGUCUUCCCCGUGACUGUCUGCCUGGCCCACAGUAACAGCUGCCUCAACCCCGUCCUCUACUGCCUGAUGAGAAGAGAGUUCCGGGUCGCUGUCCGCGACCUGGUGCUGAAAGUCACCUGUGUCCGGCGUAUCCGCCCGCCCAACAUAAGGCAACUGCCCGUUACUAUCUCCAUGGCCAGGUGA